GAACUUGUAACAGUCUAUCCUUAUCUAUGAACUUAUGUUUACUGUAGUUUACUGUUUGCAAGUUAGGUUUUAGGAUGAUGUAAACAAGGCUUCUCGUUUUUUAAUAAGUCUAUUAAGAGAUCGCAAUAAGAAACAAGAUGAGUAGUAGCCAUCAAUAUUUAAAGUCGAACAGUCCAAGUAUUUCAACAAGAUUAGGUGAUAUAGAGCAUCUCUCGCAGUUUUCAGAGAAUUUGUCUUCAUUAUGCAUGAACCAAGAGUAUUCAGAUGUAACACUGAUUGUUGAAGGACAGCGUUUGUAUGCACAUAAGGUGAUUUUAGCUGCUCGAAGUGAAUAUUUUAGAGCUUUACUUUAUGGGGGUAUGAAGGAAUCAAACCAGGCUGAAAUUGAGUUACCAGAUGCACCACUGAAAGCUUUUAAGACACUUUUAAAGUAUAUCUAUUCUGGUCAUAUGUUUUUGUUAACAACAAGAGAAGAUGUUAUUUUGGAUACAUUAGGUCUGGCUCAUCAAUAUGGUUUUCAAGAACUUGAAACUGCGAUAUCAAAUCUUUUGAGACAACUUUUAGCUCUUAAAAAUGUUUGUGCAAUCCUUGACACAGCUCGUCUUUAUGGCUUAGAUCAGCUUGUAAAGGUCUGUCAUACUUUUUUGGAUCAAAAUGCAUCUGAAAUUCUUGUUCAUGAAUCUUUUGCACAGUUAUCCCAGGCAUCGCUGGUAGAGCUACUAAAAAGAGAUUCAUUUUUUGCGCCAGAAGUGGAAAUUUUCAGAGGUGUAGCAGCUUGGUAUAAAGCAAAUGAGGACAAGGAUGAUCUAGUUAUGAGUUGUGUACGAUUACCUUUGAUGACAGUAUCUGAUUUAUUAUCUGUAGUCAGGCCCGCAAGUUUGGUCAAGCCUGAUACAUUGCUUGAUGCAAUUGCUGAGCGGACCAACGCUCGUCUAAGCAGUCUGCAACACAGAGGACAACUAUUGCUGGACGAAAAUGUGGCAUCACCAAGAUUGGGGUCAAAAGUAGUCCUUGGGGAACUGAUGGAGGCCUUAUUAGAUGGUGAUCAUUCUAAUUAUGAUAUGGAGAGAGGAUAUACAAGACACGCCAUAAAUGGACCUGGAGAUCAAGGAAUUGUCGUUAAACUAGGAACGCCGUCCAUCAUAAAUCACAUAAGAAUGCUUUUAUGGGAUCGUGACUUAAGAUCAUAUUCAUAUUAUAUUGAAGUGUCAAUAGAACAGAAAGAUUGGGUUCGUGUUGUUGAUUAUGGUCACUUCUCAUGCCGUUCAUGGCAGUAUUUAUACUUUGAAAAUCGAGUGGUACAAUAUAUUCGAAUUGUUGGGACACACAAUACUGUCAACAAGGUAUUUCACCUAGUAGCGUUUGAAGCAAUGUGUAAAGUAAAAAUUCCUCGAAUGGUAAAUGAUAUGAUUGUACCUCAAUACAAUGUCGCAACACAGGAAUGCAGUGCGUCAGUAAUUGAAGGUGUGAGUCGAUCCCGAAAUGCACUUUUAAACGGAGACACCAAGCAUUAUGAUUGGGAUUCGGGUUACACUUGUCACCAAUUAGGUUCUGGCUCUAUAUUAAUUCAACUAGGCCAACCGUAUAUUAUUUCAAGUUUACGACUUCUUUUGUGGGAUUGCGAUGAUCGCAGUUAUAGUUAUUAUAUUGAAACAUCUGUAAACAUAUGGGAUUGGGAAAUAGUGGUUGAUAAAACUCGAGAAUCUUGCAAAUCUUGGCAGGUUAUUCGAUUCCCUCCGAGACCGGUUGUUUUUAUUCGUAUCGUGGGGACCCACAAUACUGCGAACGAGGUGUUUCAUUGUGUUCAUUUCGAGUGUCCAUCAUGCGACAAAGAUGACGUAAACAAGUGGUCGCCUGCUUCUAAGAAAAGUUCGGUUGAAACGGUGCCUUCAACGUCAACCGAAACUGUUCAGCCUACGGAAACGGCAACAGAAGCCGAAGAGUUAACUUUGGACUCCCCCGAAAGUAAUGAUUGAGUACUACUACCUGCUACGGUUUAUUUAAUCGGGUUUUUUAUAUGUGAUACUGAAUGUUACAAUCAACUCGUAAUAUUUUUUGCUUUUUAUAAGAAGGGCACUUUUCAUCUUCAUUUUCGUACAUUUCAUGAGUAGAUGUAAUAUUCUAAUAGUUAUUAAUGUCAUGUUUUUAUGAUUCAUGUUUUUUAAAUAUAUUGGAGAAAUACUAUUAAAAAAAUCUCUUUUGGAUAUAAUAAUUAACCAAUUGAAAGUCAGAAGAUUUGUAACAAAUGAAAUCAACGUAAAUAAAUACAAAAUAGUUUUGUUUUUGCAUAA